AUGUUUUUCUUAAUAUUCCCACUGUUAAUUUUUUUUUUGUUGGAGGUCGCGAUCUUCCAUCACCAAUUGAGAAUUCAAUUGAUUUUAAAAAAAAGAUUGAAUUUUUUUUUUUUUCAUCUUUCAUCAUCUAGUUUAUACUUCACUACAGGAAACCACCAUACAAUGACAGUUGAUUUAGAUAGAUACUUAAAGCCAGGUAAAGAUCAUUACAUAGCACUUGGGUUAGAAGGAUCUGCCAAUAAGUUAGGAGUUGGUGUAAUAAAACACAAUAAAGGUCCAUUAACAUCAACUAAUCGAGCAGAAGUUUUAUCAAAUAUUAGAGAUACUUAUAUAACUCCACCAGGAGAAGGAUUUUUACCAAGAGAUACAGCUAGACAUCAUAGACAUUGGGUCAUUAGAGUUAUAAAACAAGCAUUAGCUGUGGCGAAAGUUAAAGGAAUUGAUAUUGAUGUGAUUUGUUUUACUCAAGGUCCUGGAAUGGGAGCACCUUUACAAAGUGUUGUUGUUGCAGCAAGAACAUUAGCGCAAUUAUGGGAAAUACCAAUAGUUGGAGUGAAUCAUUGUGUUGGACAUAUUGAAAUGGGUAGAGAAAUUACCGGAGCAGAAAAUCCAGUGGUAUUAUAUGUAAGUGGUGGUAAUACUCAAGUAAUUGCAUAUUCAAAACAAAGAUAUCGUAUUUUUGGAGAAACUUUAGAUAUUGCCAUUGGGAAUUGUUUAGAUAGAUUUGCUAGAACUUUAAAAAUUCCAAAUGAUCCUGCUCCAGGUUAUAAUAUUGAACAAAUGGCUAAAAAGGGUAAACAUUUAGUUAAUUUACCAUAUACUGUUAAAGGUAUGGAUUUAUCCAUGUCUGGUAUUCUUGCAUCAAUUGAUAGUAUUGCUAAAGAAAUGUUUGGUAAACAGAAAAAAGUUAUAAUUGAUGAAGAAUCAGGAGAACCUAUUACUGCUGAAGAUUUAUGUUUUUCAUUACAAGAAACUUUAUUUAGUAUGUUGGUAGAAAUCACCGAAAGAGCAUUAGCACAUGUUGAUAGUAAUCAAGUAUUGAUUGUUGGAGGAGUUGGAUCCAAUCAAAGACUACAAGAAAUGAUGAAACUAAUGAUUCAAGAUCGUAAGAAUGGACAAAUAUUUGCAACUGAUGAAAGAUUUUGUAUUGAUAAUGGUAUAAUGAUUGCUCAUGCAGGAUUAUUAAGUUAUAGAACAGGGCAAGUUAAUGAGAUUCAAGAUACUGUAUGUACUCAAAGAUUUAGAACAGAUGAAGUAUUUGUUAAAUGGAGAGAUGAUUAG